ACAACUCCGGGAGCAGCCCCGGCACUUCUGACAUUAUUAAAUAAUAAGAAAGAGGAUCCUUCCCCAACCUCACACUUAUGCACACUCGCGCGCACACACACACAGGUAUACAUACACACGUUCACAAGUGGACACCUUCUAAGAGUUUGGAGAGUGUCGAGGACUGACUGAGCUCAGCAAGCCGGUUCCUCGGAAGGUGUGUGGAAAAGCUUUUUUUCUUCCCCCCUCGGAUGACAGCUCUGGAGGCAGCGCGGUGGUGAGGGGAGCCAAAGGGUAAAUAUCAGCUGAUCAGCGCCCAGUGGCAGCAGCGAGCACCCAGACAGCCCUCCCAGCAGCAGCGGCGGCGGCGGCAGCGGCGGCAGCGGCGGCAGUGGCAUCGGCCACCGCCGAGAGAGGCAGCCAAGGGAGCAGCUCUGGAGAUAAUUAGGAUUUACCAGUCCCUGGAUCAAGUGCUUGGAAAACUUUAAGUUCCAUAGUCAGCUGCCAUUUCAGAGAACAGAAAAUAUAUGGUUUUGGAAAGUUCCUGCUGUGCCUUCAUAGAGUUUUAGAAUGAUUGAAGAUAGUGGGAAAAGAGGAAAUAACAUGGCAGAAAGAAGACAGCUAUUUGCAGAAAUGAGAGCCCAAGAUUUGGAUCGCAUCCGGUUAUCUACCUACAGAACAGCAUGCAAGCUUAGAUUUGUUCAGAAGAAAUGCAAUUUACAUCUGGUGGACAUUUGGAAUGUCAUUGAAGCUCUGAGGGAAAAUGCCUUGAACAGCCUAGACCCAAAUAUAGAACUAAAUGUGGCCCGUCUGGAGGCUGUGCUUUCAACCAUCUUCUACCAGCUCAACAAAAGGAUGCCGACCACCCACCAGAUCCACGUGGAACAGUCUAUCAGCUUACUGCUCAACUUCCUGCUUGCAGCCUUUGAUCCGGAAGGCCACGGUAAAAUUUCAGUAUUUGCUGUCAAAAUGGCCUUAGCCACCCUAUGUGGAGGAAAGAUCAUGGACAAAUUAAGAUAUAUUUUCUCAAUGAUUUCUGACUCCAAUGGAGUAAUGGUUUAUGGGCGAUAUGACCUAUUCCUUCGGGAAGUCCUCAAACUUCCCACUGCGGUGUUUGAAGGUCCCUCAUUUGGUUAUACAGAGCAGUCUGCCCGAUCCUGUUUCUCCCAACAGAAAAAAGUCACUUUGAAUGCUUUCUUGGACACACUCAUGUCUGAUCCCCCACCUCAGUGUCUGGUCUGGUUACCACUUCUUCAUCGAUUGGCAAAUGUAGAAAAUGUCUUCCACCCUGUUGAGUGUUCCUAUUGCCACAGUGAGAGCAUGAUGGGAUUUCGCUAUCGAUGCCAGCAGUGUCACAAUUACCAGCUCUGUCAGGACUGCUUCUGGAGGGGACAUGCCAGUGGUUCCCAUAGCAACCAGCACCAAAUGAAAGAGUACACGUCAUGGAAGUCACCUGCUAAGAAGUUAACAAAUGCACUAAGCAAGUCUCUGAGUUGUGCUUCCAGCCGUGAACCUUUGCACCCCAUGUUUCCUGAUCAGCCGGAAAAGCCACUAAACCUGGCUCACAUCGUAGAUACUUGGCCUCCCAGACCUGUAACCAGCAUGAAUGACACACUGUUCUCCCACUCUGUUCCCUCCUCAGGAAGUCCUUUCAUAACCAGAAGGUUACUUGAGGGUGCGAGUGCAGCCAGUCCUGUGGCUGAUGAGCAUUCUCUCAUAAAGCUGUAUGUAAAUCAGCUUCACAGCAACUCACGCUUUCCCAUCUCAUUAACUAGCCCUCCUCACAAGAAUACUGAAGUAGAGCAGAGCAAACUGCUGGCUAGGGCCGCUCCAAUUUUUCUGAAAGGCAAAGGGUUACGCUACAGCCUGGAUGUUGCAGACAGGCUAGCUGAUGAACAUGUUCUCAUCGGGUUGUAUGUCAACAUGCUUCAGAGCAAGCCUUCACGCAUGCUUGACAGCCCAAAUCGUCUUGACGAGGAACACAGGCUGAUUGCCAGAUAUGCAGCGAGACUGGCAGCAGAGACAUCCUCAUCUCAGCCUAGUCAGCAGAGGGGUGCUUCUGAUAUCUCUUUCACCAUUGAUGCAAAUAAGCAACAAAGGCAGCUGAUUGCAGAACUUGAAAACAAGAACAGAGAAAUCUUACAGGAGAUCCAGAGGCUACGGCUGGAGCAUGAACAGGCUUCUCAGCCCACCCCAGAGAAGGCCCAGCAGAAUCCUACUCUCCUGGCAGAACUCCGUCUUCUCAGACAACGCAAGGAUGAGCUAGAACAGAGGAUGUCUGCUCUUCAGGAGAGCCGGAGAGAGCUGAUGGUCCAGUUGGAAGGUCUCAUGAAGCUACUAAAGACUCAAGGGGCAGGUUCUCCACGUUCUUCUCCCAGUCACACGAUAAGCAGGCCUAUUCCUAUGCCCAUCAGAUCAGCCUCUGCCUGCUCUACCCCAACUCAUACACCUCAGGACUCUCUGACAGGGGUAGGAGGAGAUGUACAAGAAGCCUUUGCACAAAGUACAAGGAGAAAUUUAAGGAAUGACUUGCUUGUAGCUGCAGACUCCAUCACUAAUACCAUGUCCUCUCUGGUGAAAGAGCUAAACUCAGAGGUGGGGAGUGAGACCGAGAGUAAUGUGGAUUCUGAAUUUGGGCGGACCCAAUUUGAUGACCUAGUUCCAUCACCCACUUCUGAAAAGGCUUUCCUUGCACAAAUCCAUGCUAGAAAACCUGGGUACCUUCACAGUGGAGCUGCUACUGGAACCAUGCACAGUGAUAUGGUUACAGAAGAUGGAGACCCCUAUGUGAGGACUGAGGAUGAAAAUUAUGAAAAUGACUCUGUCCGUCAAUUGGAAAAUGAGCUCAAGAUGGAAGAAUACCUGAAACAGAAACUGCAGGAUGAAGCCUACCAGGCAAGCUACAGUCAGACAGAUGAUGAAAGUUAUGUGAAAACAGAGGACGAUGAGAGCUACAUCCAGACAGAGGAAGAAGACGACACCCUGGCAACCAAUGUCACUGAAGAAUGGAACCAACGUGUAGGGCAGCUCCUGACAAGAAACCCCAACCCCUGACAUUGUCUGCCUGCUGAAUGUAGCACUGCUAAUCUUUGUUCUAAGAAUCGUAGUUUGUAGGUGUGUGUUUUGAGACAAAAAAAAAAGACUUUUGUUUAAAGUUAACUUAAUCAGCUGCAUCUUCUGUCACAUGGCUCAUCCCUGAUGACGAACCCAGGCUAAAAAAUAGCGCUGCUGUUACAGCAAUGGCAGUAUUAACAAAACAUUUUAAACCUUUGCACAUGAUGUUGAACCUGUUCAGUUUACAAUGAUGAUAUUAAUACUGUUUAAAGCUAGGAGUUUGAUUUCUGAAUACUUUGAGAUUUUAGUAGAACAAUUUACUAUAUACUGUACAUUUUUUUUCCACAAGCAAUUGUAAAAAGCAACCUCUUGGAGUUAUUCAUUAGCCGUAAAGGAUUCUGUUCCUGGCUGCAGCACCUGCUUGGAAUCCAGAAGCCAAGAAGUCUGUAACUUGAUUGCAAGUCUCUGUUGGGAAAAAAAAAGAAAAGAAAAAAAAGUGACCUGUACCAAAUGCAGCAGCAUAGCCCUAUUCUCUAGGCUAAUGUGUAACUUGGGGUUGUUUUCUUUCAAGAUACUCUAAUAAAUCAGCCAUAGAAUUUAGUGUAAAUAUUUUUUCCAAAUAGAUAUCAUAUACAAAAAAAGGCAACAUUCGAAUUAUAUAGAAUCUAGUUUUUAAAUCAGCACAGAUCUUCUUAAAACUGUGAACUAUGUUUUGAAAUACUCGUUACUAAAGCUGUUUAUAAACCACAGGUGCCAUAAGAUUCCCCAAACCAACUAAAGUCCCCUGUGCUCUUCCAUGCUCUCAUUUCGUUGUUGUUUGGGCUUUCAGAAGCAUGUCUUCAACACCUCUCCCUGCUCAGUCUCAUCUGUUCCCUUUCAGGUUGUUUGGAGGCCUUCAGCUUUAAAUGUACAGGCUUAAAGUGCGCUUGUUAGUAAUGCCUCUCCUUUUCCUUUUCUUUUUUUCUGAAUGAUUGUUGGGGGGGGUUGGGGGUUGUUUUGUUUUUUGUGGUUUUUUUUUCCUUGGUAGGCCACCAGGUAUGCUCAAUACAGGCUAUGGCAAUGCGAAAGGAGACUGGCCCAUUCAGAGGGCAACAGAAGGGGAAUUUAGGAUGCAGUGGGGAUUGUGAGAAGGAGAAGGAAAGAAGCUGGGGUCAGCUCUUUGUGGCACUCCAUUGGGUAGAUGGAAGGGAGAAAUGUUCUUUGGGUCUUUCAGAGUUAUUAUUAUUUUUUAAAUGAACAUUUUGGAUUUGUUGCCCUAAAAGUAGGAGGCAUUCUGGUCAUUCCCUUUCUUCCCUGAAACUUUAGAAAAGAAAUGAUGAAACAGCGUAAGUAAAAUUGUCUUUUGGGAGAAUCAAUUUGGAGACAUCUUAAGAAUGCUGAAAAGAUUUCUCAGUUCCUCACUUGCUCUUGGAUUACUGAGGCCCAGGUUCAGUGACUAUAUGUUGCAUCUUAGGCUCCCAGAGCCUUGGGCCCUGCCCACGUAUGACCACAGGGAAAGGCUGUCCAACAGAGAGCACAUGUCUGGUCAGAUGUUUUUUCAGCUCAGUUUCCAGAGGGCUAGAAGACAUUCAUCCCUGUGCAAUUGGUCUGAAGUAGCCUGCCUCAGGGUUAUCCUUUUGUAAUUAAAAAGAAAUCAGAAGCCACGCUUGUCUGAAGUUGUUCACAGGGAACCCUGUGCUAGGGUGAGCAUAGACCAAAUAUCACCGGCACCCCAGUCAGCAUUGGAACAGUGCUUGAGUUUCUUCCUCAUUGGGUGUGUUCUUCUUUUCUUUUCCCCUCCACAAAUCAUUUUUAUGACCCUUAGAAUAUCAGAUCUUUGAGAGGAGGGAUUAUUAUUCUUGGUCUUGAUAGCCCCACAGCACAGUGCCUGGCACAUAGUAGGCACUUAAUAAAUGCUUGCUGUUCGGGCGGCAUCUGCCAGCCUCCCCUAAAGGCAGGCCAUACCCAGUGACAGCAUAGCCCUCCCUGCCCCCGCCAGCCAGGAAGAGCGACCACUGGUGCCUCACGCUGAAGCCGAAAUCACUCUCAGCUUUGAGCUGCAGCCAAGUAGUUUCUGAAUACAGAGUCCCACACGGCCAAUCUUGCAUAUCCCUAGGGACCUUCAGCAGCUGACAGAGCUGCCAAGACAUGUCAUCAUUUUUUUUUUCCACAUUGAAAAGCUAGUUUACAGUUUAAGGCAUUAUAAGAACAUACCAUCAGGCUCUCCCUUGGGCAGAGGAAUUGGGGUACACCACCCUUCAUCAGGCAGAUGCGAUAGAAUCAAGGCACUGCAAUGCCUUCCUUGGGGGUCAUUUUCAGUGAUCUAUUUCAGACUAGCCAGCCACCUGACAUUUCUCUCAGCUCCAUAUCAGUGCAGAUCGUACCGAGGCACCCAAAUCCUACAGUUGAAAAGAGGUGGCCAUUUUUGUUUUGUUUUGUUUUCUGGCACUCCAGGUUUACAUUUUUAAGUAUUUUCUUAAUGCAAAGCCCAGCAGGUCUUCGUCUGUCCAUUUGACACAAUUAUAUCUUGUGGCUGGUUGUCUCUUGUGCAUUCGACAAAGAAUUACACAUUCAUGGCCCAUAGCAAUGAUAGCAUUUUAGUGCACAGUGAAUACACAUGGCCAAACCCCCAAGACAUGGCACUUAGGUCACGAGAGGAAUAGGCUGAUCAGGAUCCAGAGUACUGUCGCAGUUGGUCAGGGUGGGGGUUGGAGGAAACUGGUGCAGAUGGUCCGAAGGGAUGUUCAAAGAGAAAGGUGAAGAGGAGUCUUUUGAAUGAUCUCCCGCAAGGCGGUGAAGGUUCAUCUGUAAGUAGCCUGUGAACUGAAUGGCAUUGAAGGAGUGUGGCCUUUGUUGUGAUAUGUAUUUUCUUAUAUGCAUGAGCCAAACUGUUGCAUCUUAAUUUAGCACAAGUGUCUGCCUUUAUUUUGAUCAUCUUUAUCCACCCCUUGUGAGUUCUUGGCUGUUAACUGUAGAUAGAUCUUGUAAAUAAUGCAACCUCAGGUUGCUAGGAUCACCUUGGUUCAAUUCAGCGCAAGGAGCCACAAACAGCAACUCCACUGUGUCCUCAGCAGAAAGGGCAUUUUUACUUUUGAACCAAAAAAUAAAUUAUACAUAAAUAUAAAUAUACAUAUAUAUAUAUAUACAUAUACAUAUAUAUACAUAUAUAUGUAUAUAUAAAGAGUUACAUCUUGAGGCUACUUACUGUAAGACUUUUUAAUUAUGACUACUGUAAUUUGACGCCAUUUGAAACAAAGGAUACAGAGACACUAAAGAUUUCACGAUAUUCAUUGGUAUUGUAACAAAACUACUAUUGUAUGGAUUUUUUUGUAUUGCUGUUAAGUAUUGUUUUGUGUGUGUGUUGGAACCUACUGGGGACAUGUUAUAUUUUGAAGUGAUUAAACUAUUUAAUUGUGUGUCUAUAUUUUGGAAUGGAAUUAUUUCUUCAUUAAAAAAAGGUUUUUAAAAAUA